AUGGCUGAGACUCGCAGUGCUAGCAAAGGGCAGGGAGAAGUGAUCAUGCUCACACGGGACAGUGAUUUCGGCCGGAUCAGUGGCUUUCUCCGAGAGGCGUUCAAUCUGACAGGAGGCGUGCUUAUCACUCUUCCAGAGGACCGCCUCUUCGACGAAAUGGAGCAGCUCGUACUCUCAACGAAGCACCUUCAAGGUUUGAUCGACGCCUUCGUUCUCCGUCAGUCACCUCGCCGUGUGCUCAAGAACAAGCUUUGGGCACUGGCGGAGAGCAUCGCUAGGACGGUCGAAACCCCAGAGAACCGGAAGGCGCGACAAAAGGCAGCCGCAGAAGCUGCAGCUGCAGCUGCCGGCAUUACCGGUGGUUCGAGGGGGGCGGACGACAGCCGAGGCGGAGAAGGAGUGCCGUUGCUCCUUCAAGAGGUGACCGGAGACAAUGAAGACGAGGCACACACCUCGGAGGGCGAGGAAGGGGGUGGAGUAGCCGUAGUGCUCGAGGCCGGACAGGAGCUGGACGAGGUAGCCGCCAAAUGCCUAGGGGCAAUCUCGCUGAUGCUGCGGUCCCAGGAGGCUGCAGAUUCCUUGGCAGGGUCGGAAGGCUACCACAAUGGCCUCGAGAUUCUCUUGGAGUUGGCGACUGCAGGGCAGAGGGGGGGUGGCAUUGAAGACGAAAGCGUGCCAUGCAUGGCGGCGGAAGCUUUAGCUCACGUUCUCAUCAGCCAUGGCACUUGUCGACUUGCGUGGGCUGAACAGGGUAGUUUCCUGUCCCUCUUGGAUCUCAUGAGGUCGCCCCUGAGUCGCGUGGUUCUCUGCUGCGUAAGUAUUCUCAACUCGUUUCUUCGUGGCGAGCCUUCCCAGAUCGCCGUGACCCCUGCUGAGGCAAUAAAAGUACUCGAACAAGCUGCACCCGCUUGUCAACGAUGCCUCGAUCAGCUGGAGUCCAAAAUGUUACCUAUCGAUCCUAAGUCAACGGCAGCAGCAACAGCAAGCGGGACGCGAGCUCUUGCUGGAGUUUGUCCACCACUGCACCAAAGAUGCCCACCAGGGCCUGAAAAGAAAGCGAUCUCGUCUGCCUGCUGGUUCAGCACCAUGCUCUCGGUGGCAAAACUUGCCGGUUCGAAAUGGUUGUCUCCAUGGGUGGUGUUUUGUGCGGUGGCGUGCAUAGGCGUUGGGGUUGGGACAGGCGCGAGCGUGGACACGGACAGCAAUAAGGAGGUAGUGGGGAGACAAGGGCCUGAGGAGCACGCGGCGCGCACCUUGUGCACUCUAUUGUCUGCGAACGAGAACCUUCGUCGGAAAGCGUUCGAAGACGGCUUCCUCGAUAAGCUGCAGCGUCUCCUCAUGAGGCGCCUCGGAAGCGCACAGUUCGACAGCACCAUCGCGUGCAGUAUUAUGUACUUGUGUGACAUCGGCGCCCAGAGCAAAAGUAGCGACAAUAGCAACACCAAAACGGAAAAGGGCAACAACCUCAACAAGACGGCAUCGGCAAAACAAGAGGACAGCAUUGGGGACGCCGUAGAACACGCCGGGUUGGCUGAGGGCAGUAGCAAGCCAAAGGGACAGAGGCGCGCGACACGGUCGGCGAAAGCUGCCAAGGAGGCAAAAGAAGCCGACGGGGCUGUGUGGUCGGAGAAGCAGCUGACCUCCCUAGUUUGGGCUCUAGGACACACAAACCAGGACGUCCUGACCUACACCGCCUGGACAAUCUGGUUGCUGGCUCGGCGGCGAAAAAACAGGGUCUCGCUCGGUCGGCUUUGGGCCCUUGACGGACUCGUGCACGUCUUGCGAUCGAACGCCAGAUUGGACGUCAAGGAAGGGGUACUGGCGGCCAUCUGGCUCCUUGCGUGCGACACGGACAACACGGUCAGACUUGCCAUGAACGGUGGCCUGCAACUUUUGGUGGGGAUUUUGAACUUUCCGUCCAGCGCAUGCUACGUGCCGCUCAAGUCGCUGGCGGUGGGCACCUUGUGCAAGCUGUGCCACACCGAGCCGGACGUGGCCAUGCUCGCGAUGCACCUCAGCAUCGCCUCCGCGCUGCUGCGGGCAGUGUACGAUUGUACAAGUACCGUCUACCUCAAGGUGUUGUCUGCCGGUUUGAUGUUCACGCUGUGCAGGAAUCCUGAACACAAGAAAAAUCGCGCGGACUAUGUAAAACAGUUCGCCACAGAAGGGGGACCGUUUGUUCUUGAAGAUGUAUGCGCUGGCUUCUUGGCUUCUGGUACUUCCGAGCUCCAGGCCUGCGGGUCUUUCUUGGCGGCGUCGUUGUCAUUGCGGGCAAGGUCCCGCAACCGGCUUCAUGAUAACGGUGGCAUGGAGGCGCUGUGUCGCUUGGUCCGUGCGACGAGCACGAAGGAACCCUUGAGAGUCCGUUCGCUGCACGCGCUCCUGAACCUCUCCACAGAAACAGGCUGCCAGCCGUCUAUCUGUCGGUGGGCGCUCCAACCGCUGGUUGAGUUGACAGGCUCGAGCGCGCCGCCACAGUCAGAGUUCGCCUCGAGCAUCCUCAGCAACUGCGCCGAAAACCCGUGUUGCCGAGCAAUAAUGUUCGAGGGACAGAUUUCUCGGGGAUCAAAACAAGUCACGGCUUCCCGUGCGGAUCGGAGCUUGGAAGAGUCCAUUCGCGCCUCUCUCUUGGCUGGCCGCCUGACCAAUGGGGGCACACCGGCCGCACGGAUAGUUCGGGAGCGAUUUCUAGCCUGGGUUCAGGGAUAUGUUCCGAGCGGGGGGCAUAAGGGGUCCUUAUCCUUACCUUCACGUAGGUGUCUGUGGUGCUCGCGAUUGCAACCACGCCGGAUCGUGGUGGUUGUCGCCCCUCGUCCGUUGUACUUUAACCUUCAGGGGGUCAAAGGAGGGGGUUUUAGUACGCCGAAAGAGCGGUGUGCCGGUGCGGACAGUGACAGCGACACUGGGAAGUCGGUGGCGAAAGUCGAGGGCGACGUCGAUGCCACACCUGCGCACGGGCGAGAAGGACAAGAAAGAGCUCCCGAGCACGAAAGAGGUGCUAAGCGAAAGCCGACGACACCACCGAUCAGAACGGGGCACGCUGCAAUGGUGCAAGUGCGGCAAGACUUUCGCCAGCCGGUGACAUCGUUGUGGCAGACGGCGUCUGAACGGGCGGCGACCGCUCCGACCAGGGCAGCCCCUCGAGGCGGUGGAAUCGUUGACAGCACCAACACCGCCACCGCCCUCCGCGGCCCCUCGCACCGCCGACCACAGUCUCAGGCCGGCGCGUCGAGAACCCAGCCAAAGGCGAUGUCAACACGCGACCAGCUGGGGAAUGCGCGUCCACAUACGGGUGGGAGGGGCGCUGUGUCUAGGGCUGGUGAAGGGAGAAAGAGCAACAGCCGAGGGCAGGCGUCGAGAGAGAGCGAGCCUACCAGUACCCCAGCAAUUUCUCCUGCUCCAGUGUGUGUGUCCGGGGGGCGGGAGGCCGAUGGACAAAAACAACGAAGGAUAAGAACACCGAUACCGCUUCAGAGUUCUCACCGCGUGGGACCUGUUGGAAGCUUAGGGUCGACUCCGUUUCCUGCCGGAGAGUACCGAUGGAGACCUUUCGUGAGCGACUGCUACACCGCGCCGAACCCAUUGCCAGCUUGGCGCCGUAAACAGCAUGGGACCCUCCCUGAUAGUACCGGCGCGGCUCCUUCAAAGGGAGCCGGCGCUAUGCAGACGCCCGUGAGCUUGGAACCGACAAAGGAGGAGCGGGAAGAUAUGUUCAACCAAGCAGUCAAAGAGAACCAAACGGUGGUCGUGGUGGAGCCGCCCCUGAACUACAAGCUGGUGUUUGACGGGCCGACAAGGAGUGGCGUGGCAAAGCCCGUGGUCAACCCUACCUCCAUGGCUCUGUUCCCACACGUCCGCGGGGCAUCUGUCUGCGCUGAAAUUUACGACCAUUACGUGGCGGAGGACGGGCUCUGCUAUCAUUUGUGCAAAAUGUUCGGGGCGAUGCCCUCCGACUUCAUGGUUUUCGAGGUCAGCGAGCAGCCUCAAGAGGAAGAGGACGAAGACCAAUCGACGUCGACUCUCGACGCCAGCACUAAGUGGGAUGUCAACCACAGCAUCUUCGCCCCUCGACGGAGGGAGGCCGAGAGCCGCACCUUCUGGGAUACGGAGCGUGUGGUCCUUAAGGCUCUUGACGCGGACUUCGGUCGCAUGCUCAAGGAAGACCGGAUCGUUAAGCUCAUGGCCAAGUCCGACAACGCCGUGGCUAAGGGCCAAAAGUCUGUUGCGGAGAGCCUCGAUGAGGUCAAGAAGGCUAUCGCCCCGUUCUACAAGAGCAUCCUGUGCAUCUUCAAGUACUAUUGCCUCACGCCUAGCCAGAGCGUUCGUGGAGCCUUCUCCAUCCAGCCCAACCAGUUCGGGAAGAUGAUGCAGGAUGCAGAGCUUGCCGGAAAUUUCAUAUCAGUGGAAGAGAUCGGCAAGAUUUUUGUGAUGGUGAACUUCGAAACCGACAAACGGAGCGCUGAAGCCACCGUGAACGAAGAUCGAGCGCUGAUGCGGUUUGAGCUGCUGGAAGCGCUGCUGAGGGUGGCCAUCAUCGUGCGCGAUAACGAGGGCCAAGAAGAGUUGUCCCCCGCGGAGAAGAUGCGCAAUGUAAUCGAAGAGCAACUGCUAGUAAACCUGCCACCGGAGGCCCUGGAGGAUCCAGACACGUUCCGAAACGAAACGUUGUACACUGACGCUUGCGACGGCGUUCUUCAGGAGCAUCAACAGGCCUUGGGAAUCGUAUACCAGAAGUACAGCAUGCUCGACCCGAUCGCUGGCAAGCCUUCGUUUGGCCUGGAGGAAUGGAAGACAUUUACGAACGACGCCCGCCUGAUUGGCGACAAUAUCCACAUGCUGAGGAUGGGCCUGCGGGACAUUAAGCAACCGUUCUACAUGGCACGGAUGAUGGUCAGCGACGAAAUCAAGAGCCGUGUGAAAAUGACGCAGGCAAAUGAGCUAACCUUUGUGGACUUUCUCGAAGCGCUGACGCGGCUAGCGAUUGCAAUGCCCAUCCCAUCAGACCAGGACAUGCGGGAAGCAGAGGUGACGGAUAUCAUGGACUACGAGUCGGCUCUAAGCUUUUCUGUUGAAACGUCUGCAGCCCAACACGACGUCGUAGCCGGAGCCACGGGAGGGUUGGGAAUUGCGGUUGCGCCUCGACUCGACCGGCUUAUCCGGUUCAUUCUUGGGACGCUGGCCAUUCGCUCCAACGGCGUGCUGAAGGCGGGCAACAAGGGGAUGAACCUGGUCGGCCAAUACUGCACCAAGAAACACUUGGCCCGAGGAAUUCUCCCCCCCUAGUUGUAGGUAGCUUGAAACAAGGUCAGGUUCACGACUAAAUCGGUGGUCAAACGUGUCUAGACGGGCAGGUGGAAUGGAUUAGUGAUGAAGAGUUAAGAGUCGCACUACAGCCAUAGAACGUGACCUUCAGAAAGAGUUGCAAUACCAGGAGGUCAACACUUGCCUGUGUAGACUAUCUAAUGCAACACGAUGUC